AUGCAGUCACAGGCCUGUCCACGGGGCGGGGUCACAGAGGGCGGGGUCACAGGGGGCUCCAACCUGAGCCAAGAUGGAGGACCACUCCGGGACGUCCCAGGCCAGUGUCAGCCUCGCAGCUCUGCAGAGGUGCGACCAGACGCCUGUUCACGAGAGCGGCUCAUUUGGGUGAAUAGUGUUGGCACAGACUCCGCGGAGGUGCCAUGUCCCGGGCCUGGCCUGGGUCACUGGUGCAUGGGGGGCUCCGCGGCUCCACAGACCCCCUUCUGUAAGCGGCCUGUGUUCCCUCCUGACCCCUCCUGCCAUUACCCUGCCCCGGCUGGACCAGGCUGCAGUGGGGCGCGCUGCACUGCAAAACUGAGGCAAGCGUGGAACUGA